UAGAUGGCGCUGGUGAAGCUGUAGAACCAAAAAGAAAACAACUUUUUGAAAGUUUUUGACGUGAGACAUGCAAAAACGAAAUUAGCUUUUUAAUUCGAAAUUGUCGAUGGAUACAUUUAUUUGAGACAAAAUGGCUCAACCACCACCAGAUCCAGUCCACAUUCUGCACAAUCCAAAUGGACCAGUCACUGCAUUAGCUGCACUAAGACUAAAAGAGGAUGGUGAAUACAAUCUAGUCAGUGGAUCAGAGAGUGGAUUCAUAACUAUUUGGAAUUUAAAUGUUUAUCGACCAACCAAGACCUGGCAAGCUCACACUGCCACAAUUGUGUGGAUUGGGGCUUUAAUAGAUGACAGACCUGGUUACAUUAUUUCACAUGGAAGAAAUGAAUCCCUCAUCAUCUGGAAUGCAGAAGGAAUCUCAGUUCAUCAGAUGCUUGUCACUCAUGAAGGAUUCUGCAAGUGUGACCUUUGGGCCAACAUCAUAGCCAUCCCUGCCAAGAAGAAUUCAGUUGAAAUCUUCAACAUCAGUCAGGAAACGACGUCGCUGGACCGUACCGGCACGCUAACGAUCGACGACGACGAAGGAGCAUUAAUGGCCAUUAAAUUGUUGGGGAAACAGACGACAGUAGUAACAGCCUAUGAAAGUGGAUGCAUUUGCAUAUGGAACGAGAACGUUGUACUCCAUCGGACAAGGGUCAAGAGCAUGCCGACUUGCUUGGGGCAUCAUGCUCAGCGUAAUGAACUCCUAUUAGGAACUUCAUGCGAAACAUUAUACAUCUUCAACGUCGACGACCUAACCGAGCUCAAGUCUGUCGUGCUGACCAAUCCCGGACUGAACGUCAUGGCGCUCCGCCUAUCCGACCUGCGUCUCUACGCAACAGCCGGCUGGGACCAUCGCAUUCGCUUCUUCAGUGCCCGAACUCAUAAAAAGCUCUGCGUCCUUCAACUUCACGACGGCCCUGUCAACAGCCUGGUCUUCAUCAUGGGUCAAAGCGGCGUCGGCGGCUUGUUGGCCGCCGGAGGUAGCGACUCUCUGAUAUCCCUCUGGGAUCUGUACAGCCAGCCCAGCCAACAACAGUGACGUCGGUUUGAACCAAAACCCCCAAAACCCCUUGAAAGGUUGGAAAUUAUCAAGCGAGCCGAAAAAAGAUGACGGUCGUUGGGACGGAGCGUUACCAUGGCGACGGCACGCCCUCGCAUGCUCCUUGAAAACUUCUUGAAACACAACAAUUGAAAAUGUGAAGAGUCUGCGCCAGAAGAGAGAGAGAGAGAGAAAGAUGGAGCGCAUAUGUUUUGACAAGACUUUUCUCCUUUUUUAGAAUUGAAUAUCCCUUUUCCUGUAGUACACAGUAAGAUGUUGGGUGUAAGUUGCGGAUGUGUAGAGACAAUUGUAUUAUUAUUCAUUUGUUGUUGUUUUUUUCCCUAGAUUGUAUUGCAGCGAUACGUGGGUGGGGUGUUGUAUUAUAAUUUAUGUACAAGUGUAAAAAGGGUGGGGGAUGUUGUUGGCAAUAGAAAUGACAGACCAAGUUAAAAACAAUUACAGGAGAUGAUUGAUUGAUUAUUGACCUA